AUUCGAUCCUGAAAGGUACUUUAAAGUACAAAAGUGUCAUACUUUGCCCAUGAUAAAUACCCACAUAAGAAGCAGUAACAGAAGAUAUGGAUGAAGGCUAUGUAAUGUCAAUAAUCCUUUUCUUUGACUAUUGCAGGAUGCGCUUCUGGAAGAGGUUAUUUUCGCCAAACUGUAUUUGACCAAAGAGUAUUGAUGAUUGAACUCGAUAGACAGCAAAAAGGAUUCUUUCUCACUUUUUCGCUGUAUCUACCUAAAUUUUGCGAAUUACUAUCGACAAAUCUGAUCCACGAAAUUGUACUCUCUCACAUGAAAAUGUAUUGCGCCUUUUCUGUAAAUUAUGGAAAACGAUUGAUAAAAUUGACUCUUAUUCAUCAUUUAUUGAUCACUAACGACAGUCCGUACAAAGUGAUAGUUUAUAGUAUGUGACUACUCAUGUUCAGGUCAAAGGUCCAUCCACCACCUUGAAUCCAGACACUGAUUCACAUACAUAGGACUUUAUAGAUAUCGGCACUUACCAGCCAAUAGAACUGAAAAUGUUGCAUCUGUAAAAUAUUACUGUAGGUCAAAAAAUAAAAAGUGAAUGUUUUAUAAAAUGAAGUAUUAGUGAAUUCUUGACGAUUCAGGUGAUUUCUAAUUAUCCACUGACAUUUACUUGACUUUAUUGUACCGAACAUUUACUCUCCAAUAUUUUAGUUAUUCGUGACAUCCCACGGAUACAAAAUUUCAAGCUUACGUAUGAUGAAUCUAGCCGAAUUUCACUAAUAUUUAUUAAUUGAGUGAUUUGCGAAUAAUCCUUAACAGUUUGUACUGGAAAUAAAAAAGGAGCUGGAACAGAUGCUGAUGUAUUUAUUACUCUUUACGGUAACUUAGGUGAAACAACUGCAAUGAAGCUUGACAGUAAAAAGAAGAGUUUUGAAACUGGACAAAAAGAUGAAUUUGCAAUUGAAUCUCCAACUGUUGGUGAAAUAUAUCAAAUUUUAAUUGCACAUAACAAUAAAGGUUCAGCUCCUGGCUGGUUUUUGGAUCGCAUAUUAAUUGAAGAUCUUAAUAAAAAUCAUCUAUAUGAAUUUCCAUGUAAUAGAUGGUUAGCGAAAGAUGAAGAUGAUAAACAAAUAUCCCGUGUUCUUUUUCCAAAACAAUCAACUGAUCAUAUGAUAGAACCAGCAAUACUGACUUCAUAUGAAGUAAUAGUGUAUACUGGUGACAAAAGUGGUGCCGGUACAGAUAGUAAAGUUUAUAUAACAUUAUUUGGAAAUCAUGGAAAACAAACAGAAAAAAUUCACUUAAAAAAUUCAAAUAAUAAAGAUCCAUUUGAACGUAAUCAAACAGAUAUAUUUCAUGUACAAGGUGAUUAUAUUGGAGAACUAAUUAAACUUCGUGUUGAACAUGAUAAUACUGGUCGAUCAUCUGGAUGGUUUCUUGAUCGAAUUGUUGUAACAGAUCUUAAUAAUCCAACAACAAAAUAUAUUGCAAUAUGUAAUAAAUGGUUAGCAAAAGAUGAAGGUGAUCGACAAAUAUCUCGAGAGCUCAUAUUAAAUAAACAUACAAGUGAAAUAAAAAGAAAUAAUCAAUAUAAAAUAACAGUUUUUACUGGAAAAAAGACCGGCGCUGGAACUGAUGCUGAUGUUUUCAUUACUCUUUAUGGCAAUUUAGCUGAAACAGGUCCGAUCAAGCUUGAAAGUAAAAAAAAUA